AUAGAGACAGAGACAGGGAUAAAGACAGAGAUAGAGAAAGAGGUCAAAACAGAGACAGGAACAAGGACAGAGAAAGAACCGGGGACAAAGACAGAAAUGGAGACCGACAGGAAAACAGGAGCAGAUCGAGGGAAGCCACCGAUGGUCAAUACCCCACAAACCUAGCAUACCCAUACCCCUACCCUCCUCCUGUGAUUCCCCCUUACACUACAGCCCACACCUCCCAGUACACUGCAUGUCUCAGUAGCCACUAUCCCGGGGCGAGUCUCCCUAACUGGGGCUUCCCACCUGGCAUCAUGCCCCCCUCCCCUUACCCCUCUGGGUAUCCUCCUCCGAACCCUGUCAGUCCUUUGCAUUAUUAUAAUGAGCUUUCAGCAGCUUCUACCCAUACGGACGCAUACAACCAGCCCACUGCCUACGUCGAGCCAGAGGACUUCAGCCAGUUGUUCAAUCCGGACCUGUCGUUGAGUGAAGGCCAGGAGAUGGAUAACCUGAGGCCUCGCUGUCUCCUGGAGCCCCAGAUGAAAACGAGCAACAAGAAGGUGAACAUGCUGGUGGUGGUAAAGAAGAAGAGGGCCCACGGAUCAAGGAAGACCAAGAAAAGGCUUGAGUAUCAGAAAGUUCGGUGGCAAAAGAGGUUCAGUCUGGGUCUGGUGGGUCGUGGGGGUUCUCAGGGGAAUGCACGGGGCCCCCGGCGCACCACAGACUCCCAGGCCUCCAGCACACCAGGGCCCCAGGCCUCCAGCACACCAGGGCCCCAGGCCUCCAGCACACCAGGGCCCCAGGCCUCCAGCACACCAGGGCCCCAGGCCCCUUCUCAGGGGGUCCGUGGGCUAGCAGCCACGCAGCAAAACACACAGAUCCCUCACAAGACACCACUGCUUCUCUCAGAGAAAAGAAUUAUGACUGAAGAGGAGAUGAAGGCUCAACUGAAGAAAAAGCUUGUAGAGUUCAACCUGAAGAUGAAGCAGAAUCCAAUUCAACCUAAAGAAACCGUCUCAAUGGCUGACGAAAUGGACUAGGCUAACCUAAAACGCAAGUGUCCAUUCAAACUUGAAGGAAAUAGACCAACCGCCUUCUACACCCUAGCCUUCUGUCACUGCCUCCACUAUGUUGGCAGAAACUGUCAUUGAACAUUUGGAUUCAGUCAUGUCUGUAUUUCACAAGAUACACCUACGACAUCCUGCAAACCAUAUUACCAAUCGGCAUCAACUAUUUAACGUAGACAUGUUUUACAACACAUGACUUUAACCACACAAUCUUUUUACACAAGUAAUUGGUCUUUAUCUACAUUAUUAGAAUGGGAUAGGAUAAGUGUUGAAUGGCAGUUCUAUAUUCAUGUUGAUCAUUACCCAAUAACUAAGAACAGGGGUUUUACUACCCAUCUCUGAAAUGUAGACUAUUUUCAUAUAAUCUCUAGAUUUUGUAAAGACUGUUGUAAAGACAAAUUUAUAUAAAUUUGUGUGCAAUGCAUUUUUUUUACACUUGGAUCUCAUACUGUACCAUGUGUGUCACAAAUUUUAUUACACGUAUUGAAUACAGAAAAAUACAAUCCUGUAUUGUAAGUUGUAUAAGUUACAAUUUGUAACAUACAUCUGUGGUUCUGCUGAGCAAAACAAAGUCAAAUACAAAUAAAUUAAACCAUUCAAAAAC